UUGUUUACUUCCGGGAUCCCGGCUGCUCGCGGGUCCAUCUAUCUCUUAGGCACCUCCCCCUCGAGCCUGUCAUGGGGGAGGCCGAGGAGCAGGUGCCCGAAUCAGGUGCUGUAUUCACAUUUGGAAAAAGCAAAUUUGCAGAAAAUGUGCCCAGCAAGUUUUGGUUUAAAAAUGACAAGCCUUUUCACAUAUCAUGUGGAGAUGAACAUACUUCUGUUGUAACAGAAAAUGGUAAACUUUAUAUGUUUGGAAGCAACAACUGGGGACAACUUGGAUUUGGAACAAGGAAUACUGUCAACAAGCCUACUUGUGUGAAAGCUUUAAAACCAGAAAAAGUAAAACUAGCUGCUUGUGGGAGAAACCACACUUUGAUUUAUACAGAACAAGGAAAUGUAUAUGCUGCUGGAGGUAACAGUGAAGGGCAGUUGGGAUUAGGUGACACAGAGGAAAGAAGCACAUUUCAUCUAAUUAGUUUUUUUACUAACCAGCACAAGAUCAAACAGCUGGCAGCUGGAUCCUACACAUCAGCAGCACUAACUGAGGAUGGACAGCUUUUUAUGUGGGGGGACAAUACAGAAGGACAAAUUGGCUUGGCUAAUGAAGCUAAUGCGUGUGUUCCUCAUCAAGUGGAUGUUGGGAAACCCAUUUCUUGGAUCUCUUGUGGAUACUACCACUCUGCCUUAAUAACACGAGAUGGGGAACUCUAUACUUUCGGAGAGCCUGAGGAUGGAAAACUAGGUUUGUCCCCUGAGCAACUGCAAAACAACAAGGUUCCACAACUUGUUCCUGGGAUUUCUGGUAGGGUCAGUAAAGUCGCCUGUGGAGGAGCACAUACGGUAGUGCUUGCAGAGGGAAAGGUCUACACCUUUGGCCUUGGCCAAUAUGGACAGCUUGGACAUGGUACAUUUAUUUUUGAAAUGUCUACACCAAAGAUUGUGGAUCAUAUGGGGAAGCAUAAAAUCUGUAACAUUGCCAGUGGGGAAAAUCACACAGCUUUAGUAACAGAGAAUGGCCUUAUGUACACCUUUGGAGAUGGACGACAUGGCAAAUUAGGGCUUGGAGAAGAAAAUUACACUAAUCAGUUUGUUCCUACAUUAUGUUCUAAUUUUUCAAGGUUUGCUAUACAUUUGGUUGCCUGUGGUGGUUGCCACAUGCUGGUUUUUGCUACACCAAGGCCUAAAGAAUCAGAUGAAACACAUGUGCCAGACCAAAAUGAACAGUGCUUGUCUACUGUAGUCUCCGAAAUGGGUGGAGAUGCUUUGGUAAUAGAUACCUUCCAGCGAACAUUAUCGGCACGUUUGCGGCGGAGAGAGAAGGACAAAUCACCAGAACAGUUCAGUCGAUUGGUACGAACACUUCCUCCACUUGGAGAAGGUUCUCUAAAGCCUAUAUCGUAUGUCAUCAGCAACACUGUUCCCCCUGGUGUACCCAGAUCAAACCUUCUUGACUUGGUUGUAGCUGAUAGAAGUAAAGAUACUGAAUCCGCUUUGGGCUGUGAAACAGAAGAUAAGAAAGAGAACAAUGAUGCAGAAGAGAGUUCAACAGAGGGAGAUUCAGAUGAAAAUGAGGAUAAAACCCUUGGGGACACCACAGAUGUCUUGAAUAUGACCCAUGUGAUGAGAUUGAAUCCCAAUGACCAUUUGUUAGAGUUAGCACCAGUACUAAAGCAAAAGGAUCAAAAAUCAUCUGAUGGAGAAGAAAGGGAUGGUGAUGACGAUGAUGAUGAAGAAGAAGAAGAGGAGGAAGAGGAAAAAGAAGAAACAGACGAAGAGGGGGAAGAACAAGAUGCGGCAGAACAUAAUGAUGAUCAAACACCUCAAAAUGAAGGGCAGGAUGGUGAAUCCUUUGAGAGUGAGGAAAAGAAUCAGAUGGCUACAGAAACUGUAAAGGAUCACAAAUCAUCCAAUGAGGAAGAGACUGGCGAUGAUGAAGAAGAAGAAAAUACGGACAAGGAAGAAGGAGAAAAACAAGAUGCAGCAGAACAUAAUGAUGAUCAAGCACCUGGAAUUGAGGGACAGAGCAGUAAAUCAUGUGACAGUGAGGAAAAGUAUCAGAUGACUACAGAAAACAUAAAGAAAGAGGUGUGUGCAGAAGACAACCCAGCUAAGCAAGAGAGUGAAACUGCUGAGGCUUGUGUCCCAAACAAUUCUUCAGGAGCAACUGCAGAGAGUCAUGAUGACAAAACAUCUGGAAGACUACUGGAAAAGGCAAAAAGGUUUUCUUUUUUUAAACGAAAGUCUCCAAGGCAGAAGACUGUACACAGCUGUGAUGAAAACAAACUUGAAAAGCUUCCUCACAGUGAGCAGGAAACUGGAAAUCAACGAGGGUUGCCAGAAGAAAAGAGUGAAGAUGAAAAUCAGAACCAUGCUGAGGAAAAUCAAAAGGAGAUGCCACCAACGAAUCAGGGCAAAAAGACAUCCUCUACCUGCAUAAUACUUUAAUACUCAACUGUAUAAGGCUGGAAUAUAUGUGAUGUCAUAACUGGCAGCUUGCAAGCAGAUAUUGUAAUUUAUACUUGAAAAUGAUAAUGGCAUAUAUGUAAUGAUCAUAUUGAUGGUUUUUGUAAAAUUGGCAUGUUUGGACUGAUUUACAUUGAUCUGAACCAACUUCUUAGUAUUUAUUUGUAUUAAUUUUUUUAGUUACUGCAACAAAUCUGAGUAUCACAGUCAUACUGAAAUGUUGUGGCCUUAAC